AUGACAAAACCCAGCUGUCUGAACCCUCUCAGCGCCAUCAGCCCUUGCCCCCUCGCUGUGAGCCCUUUCCGCAGCUCCGGGCCAGCAGCCGGUGCCCAGGGCCUCCCUGCCCUGCCCGUGCCCAGCCGAAACCCUCCGAACUCCUUUGGAUGCCCCAAUGGCAUUGCCAAGCUGUCGGUUCUCCAGCAGCAUGCAGCCAGGGACCAGCUGGUCCUGGGGACGAGGCGCUUGCCUGGGUGGGAACCAGGACCGCGGUCCUUGCCCUGCGCUGGGCAGCCUGCAGCAAGUCCCUUCGCCUCGCCGUCCCUGGGGUGCCGGCUCACCCCCUCCCCGGGGCACCCCACUGUGGUUGCUCCUGCUGCUUCAGACAAGACCCCGCAGGGGCAGGGGCUGCCGCUGCCCUGGGAGUGCAAAUUCCCCCGUGCCAAGUACCGCAGAGAAAUGGCUGUAAGAGCAAUGAUGCUCGUCAGCACCGAGCAGCUGAACAGUGAGACCCUGUGUUUUCAAAAAGAGAGGGAAAACAAAGCCAAACUGAAGAAGAGGCUCCUGUCGAUACGAGAAGAGUCUCUUCCCGACAUGAAAGCCACUCUGCCUUUGACACCCCUGCACCAGCUCUCCUGGGGCUUUAUUAGAUGCGGGUUUCAAGCACCCACGUUUGAGAAGCCUGCGUGGGAAAGCAGAGAUGUUGCCACGUUUGUCUUUCAUCUGCUUCUCCAGCAUUUUCCUUUGCUGGGAUGCUCACAGACCCCUUGCUGGGCGGCAGCGCUUCGUCCCCACCCUCCGCAGCCCCAGCUGCGCGCAGCAGCUCAUCUGGCACCCUCGCCUCCCACCCCGCUGAUGCACACCGGGUGCUCGGGAAAACGGGUGGCAGCGAGAAUCCGGGCUCGGGCUUCUUGCAGGACCCGUGCAGGACCCAAAUGCCUGCAAAACACAGGUUCAGUGCAGGAGGGAACGCUGAUGGGCGCCAGCGGUGGCUUCCUCGGUGUCUCCGACGAGAACGUCUUUGUGGGACUCCUCAAGGCACGAUUUUGGGAAGGGUUAGGGGUGCUGUGGAAGAGAAGCGCCUGUCGGGGAGCCCGGGAAGGUGCAGAAGCCGAGUCGGAGGCUCCCGGAGCAGGAGAGCGAGGACUGAACACCAUCACAGAAGAAAAAGUUCAGAGGAUGAAGGAGCAAUUCAUGUCUGCCUACAAUGUCACCACAGAUGGACGCUUGCAAAUCCAAGAGCUUGCAAAUAUUAUCUUGCCGGAUGAUGAGAAUUUUCUGCUGCUUUUCCGACGGGAAACUCCCUUGGACAACAGCGUGGAGUUCAUGCGGAUCUGGCGCAGUUAUGACGCUGAUAGCAGUGGAUUUAUUUCAGCUGGCGAGCUCAAAGAUUUCCUGCGGGAUCUCUUUUUGCAGCAUAACAAGACAGUUGCUGAAGUAAAGCUGGAAGAAUAUACUGAUACCAUGAUGAAAAUCUUUGACAAAAACAAAGAUGGACGGCUGGACCUGAAUGACCUGGCAAGGAUUCUGGCACUCCAGGAAAAUUUCCUUCUUCAAUUUAAAAUGGAUGCUUGCAGCACGGAAGAAAGGAGGAGAGAUUUUGAGAAGAUCUUUGCACACUAUGACGUUAGUAAAACGGGAGCACUUGAAGGCCCAGAAGUGGAUGGGUUUGUCAAAGACAUGAUGGAACUGGUCAAGCCCAGCAUUAGCGGGGUGGACCUGGACAAGUUCCGCCAGAUCCUGCUCAACCACUGCGAUGUGAACAAGGAUGGGAAAAUUCAGAAAUCCGAACUGGCUUUGUGUCUUGGGCUUAAAAUGAACCCGUAGCCAGGAGAAUGCUCAUGGUUGUGUUUCCCUUGUGAGAUUUGCCUGCUGCUCCUCGUAGAAGUGUGUCCGUGCUGCCGUGUGAGCGGUGGGGAGCAGGGG